ACAGCUUGAAGUCCCAGGCGUCUCGACCGGAAGAGGGAAUGUAAACAAAGUAACUAAGCUAGCUAGUUGAGAUUGAGAAGACGUGACAGUAGACGGCCCUCCCGCUGUAGUGUGACUGAAAUAGCUGCUCGUAAUCCUUGUUUGUAAACGAUGUAAUCUACGUGGACGGACUGAGUGACUGACACAUCUCCAUGUCGACAACGGGCAACAUUCAUGGCUAGCUUCCUGACCGCUAGCUAGCAUUAGCUAAACAGCCAUUCUCACUGCGCUCACAUUUAAGUGUUAUUAAGCCACCAGCACCGAUGCCUCAAGAGGGAGAGCAGUCUCUGCCGCUGGUUCGAUCCCUGAACAGUCAAAUACCCAUUAGCUCUGUGUUUCGUAACCUCAGUCCCCGUGUGGUACGACCACUAUGGAUAGAUUACCGCGGGGAACCUCGGGCAUACGUGGAUUUACAGCCAGGGACGGGUCGAGAAAUGGCCACAUUCAUCGGUCACCCAUGGAUGUUCAGAGAUGCAGAGUCUGAUGAGCCACUGAGGGUGAACGGCAAAGAACUGUUUCUUCCUAAACCAGCAGAGGGUAGAAAUGCUGAUAUCACUUUACCAGUUUACAGCCUCAAGGAUCGUGCUCUGCAGGUAAUUCGGCGUCUGGUACGAGCGGAAGACUACAGGAGGUUGGAAAUAGCUCGAUGUCUCCACGAAGAGUUAGAAGAUCAGCCCAGUGUAUUGAAAGAUCUCCACCGCAUGAACCAGCGUGUAGAGCAGCAUCUGCUGGAGAGGAUCCAAUGCCAGGAGGAAUGAGGCAUGAAACUGGAUGGAUAAUGGCCAUGUAUGGACAACAAUAUUAUAUUCCAAACUAUUAGAAAGCAAAGAAGCCAGAAUUCAUGAAAUUUAAGAAACAUGUUAGUUACUUUUUUGGCGAGUGAGCAGCGGUUAUGAAAACUUCCCCAGAGGUCUUACAUUUCCUGCAAGUGAUGAUCUGCUGCUUGUUAUAUUCACACAUUGGUUUUGGCAAAUGCCUUCCUCUGCAGAAAAAAACCCUCUACCUAACAUUUACCUUUUUGGAAGAGGAGAUUGUAUAUAAUGUGAUGGCAGCAUAUUCAAUCAAAAUGUAUUGUUUGUCCUCUAAAAUUGUAUUUAAGGAUUUCCAUGUUUAUACUUAAAAGGCCACUAGAAAAUGGGGACAUUUUAGCCAUUGAUGCCUCUCUGAUCAUCUUACUCUCUACUUUAUUUUGUCAUAUAUAGCCAAGUUCUGUCAUUAGUAUCAAAUAGUAAUCCUAUUUGAUCAAUACACACAAGACAGAGCUAUUUUUGUUUGUCAUGCAUAGAGUGUUAUAAUUGAUCUUCUGUGAUAAAUCUCCCAAUUUAUAAAGGACAGUUAGAUAGGAACUCAGAGAUAUGUGUUGUUAAUAUUCUUAUUGAAUAUGCCUGAGAUAAGGUGAUCUAAACGUAUCCACUGCACAUCUCCCCUUGAAGAACAUCCUACUUUGUUAUCCUACCUGAAGUUAAACCAAGACUGAACUGUUCAGUAGUCAUCAGAGAGCUUUGGCUUUGGCACUUUAAGUUUGGACAAAGAUGGCCUGUUCUGGUAAAUGUGGAGUUUUCGUCAGAAUAUAGCUUCCACCAUAAAUUGGCAGAAUCUCUUCAAAUUUUUUGUCUUGCAGCUGAAAAACUAAAUAAUUUACCUUGUCUUUACGUUAUUAAGACUAGGCUGUGAAACACUGUGAGUGAGGAUUUAUACCUUUUUUUUGUCUACUUUGUAAUUCUUUGAUUAUUUUGUUCCUCGGUCACCUGUUUUAAAUACAUACAUUGCUACUGUAUCUCAAAGACCUUCAUUGUUUAUUUGUGUAAUAAAUAAAUAAAGGAUAUAUUUCUUACUGGUUGAAAGCUGUGAAGACUUGGUGAAGCUAGGUAUCUUAAGCACGCAGUUAGAUUGAUAAUGAACUAUUACAUUUUGAACACAAGGUCAUAAAACAAAAAUUAUAAAAUUAAGACUUCAUUUCUCUAUGUAUUUUCUCUGACUUUAAGUAGAUGUAAUGUUGGUGGAGAUUUACAUUGUUGUUUGUUUAACUGGUAAGUCUGACGAAAUGACGA